AUGGAUCGCCAGAGCUUGCGAGUCGGUGGCGCCGGCGACGCGCAGGAGUUCUGCUACGUCGGGAGCCGGCAGCUCGAGGUCGCCGGCGGGGCGUUCCUGAUGGAACUGCUGGAGGACACGCCGGCGCCCGCCGACCAGGCACCGGAGGCCGCCGACGACCGGCUGAGGCGCGUCAUGCGGUCCCUCGAGGCCGAGCUCGGCGUCGCGGCGGUGCCGGCACCCUCUGCGGCGGAGGACGGCGGGAGCACGGCGGACGGGCCGAUGAGCGACUACGACGACGGGGAGCUGGAGGAGAUGCUGUCGGAGUUGGGCGGUAGCCUGGGGGCCGAGGCGCCGUCGUUGGCCGCCGUGCUGCCGUUCGAGUACUGGGAGGAGGUGCCGCCGGUGAUGGGCAGCGGCAUGGGCGGCUGGUACGUCGACGGCGAGGGCUUCGUGGCAGGGUACCAGUUCAGGGAAUCAUCCUACUACACCUAUGGUGAGGUCUCCGCCGUUGAGCAGGUGUACAGUCCCCCCCUGUGCCUGUGGGAGUGA